AUGAUUCCUGUGCGUGUCAAUGGGAGGUAUCGGCUGAAAGACAAAGUAGGGUCAGGUGCUUAUGGCGAAGUGUAUCAUGCAAGUGAUAUCAUUGGCGACGGUGAUGUGGUUGUCAAGCUUCAAUGUAUUACUGGCACCACCACAACCAGCUUGGAGCAUGAGUAUAAUGUGCUCAGGCAACUUGGUGAUACUGUUGGCAUCCCCCAUGUCCACUGGUUUGGACGGGAGGACAGUUAUGAUGCCCUAGUCCUUGAUUGUCUUGGACAGUCGCUUGAGAGUUUAUUCAAGGCAUAUCAACACUCAUUCAGCCACAACACUAUAGUGUUCAUAGCUCCUCAGCUCGUCUGCCACCUCCAGUACAUUCACUCCAAACACUUCAUUCAUUGCGACUUGAAGCCCGACAACAUUCUUAUCAGAACUGGCAAGGAUGCGCACAAGAUUUUUCUUGUUGACUUUGGCAUUUCCAAACAAUACAGAUGUCCACGCACUCACCUCCAUAUUGCAUUCAAACAAACCGCCUCCUUGACAGGAACUCCAGCUUUCACAUCCAUAAACAGCACAAUAGUGUACCUGCCAGAAAUCAACAGCAGUCAACAUUUGAAAGAGGUUCGUAAAAGAAAAUGUUCAACAGGUCAUCAUAGCUCUUGA